AAGUACUACUGUUGUACGUCCAUCCUUAUCUAGCUCAAAUUGCCACCCAUAUGCUUAAUCAGUAAUGUCCCACCCGGCCCGACUCUCUUUACGUGCACCUCCCCAUCUCCCCUUCGUCCAAGGCUUUCCCGGCAUUCCUGCCGACCUGUCGCGGCAGCGAGAAACGCCCAGCGUACAAGGUACCCUCGAAGUCCGUAUAGGAUCAAUUCCAGUGAAAGCCAGAUGGGUCCGGGUCGAGCUUCGUAAAUUCGAAUCUCUGCCUCCUGGAUUCCCCACCCAAGCGACUGAAGAGACGUGGGAGCUCGUCGGAUCCAUCCAGACGUUAUGGCAACCGAAAGACGGCAAAGAGUGGGAUACGGUCCAGACGGCUGACUUCAAAUUCAUCCUUCCAUUACCGCUAAGCCUGCCACCAAGUAUUGAUUUGCCUAAAGGUGCUGGGGUGAGAUAUGAGCUCGUGGCGGCGCUUUGCUAUCGUCAGAAAGGAGGAGUCUUCAAGAAGGAGUCGGCGCCGAUUAUCAAGGUGACAGAACCUAUCCAAAUUUUCAAGCAUGAUUUACACUCGGCAUGGCCGAUAUAUAAUAUUCCAGAAAAGAGGACAAUCAAAGUUGCAAAUGAUCAGAUGGAGUUGACGGUUUCAAGACCGUGUACAGCAUUUAGUGCUGGUGACAAGGUCCGGAUAUCUACCUCGCUCAAAUCGUCAAGACCGAAGCCGUUCACUUUGCGAGGGUUUGAAUAUACGCUCUCAGAGGUCAUCACAUAUAUCCCUCUCCCCCCAGGCCCGUCUAGCAAAUCGAAGAAGCACAAGAUAUCUACUGCGCCGGUCACCAAAGCUCGGCCUAUACAAACUGUGAGAGCUCCUCUAAACGAGAAUAUUGUAUCAGGGGGAGUAAAGUCUGCGACGAUAGAGAUGGAGGUUGGGAAUGUGCUAGUGACUGUUAAGGGUGCAAAGACUUUGGAGGUGGAAUAUGAUUUGGAGGUGAAAGCUAUUAUGGAGGGUGUGGCGGAAAAGGUCGAGAUGCGAGGGAUACGCUCUGUUAUUGGGCUGUUCUCCAGGGAUCAUGCUCAGCGGGCUGUCAAAGAUAUCGGUCAUUACGAACCUUUGUGUCCUGAUAUACCGGGCGCUGAGAAACCCCUUCCACCCCGUACAUCAUCCAUUCAAUCGCAGCCCCGUACAAACGGUAUACCCCCUUCAUCGUAUAUCCGACCGAACCAACAGUCCAUGAUCCAAGGUUUCACCCCGCGAAACCAUCGUCGCCAGUCUUCAUUGACAUCUGUAACUACCGAUACGACCACGACAGCCACCACGGCGACUCAUGAACUUGGCGCUGGGGUUGGUGGCAGUAACUCCCAGCGGCCAUUCCACACUAUGCCUUCUAUCCAACGACGAACCGAUGUCGUUGCCUUCCCCGACCCCCACCCGGCUAGACCGAGAAGUACGGAGCCCAAGUGGCCUGUAGAGUCGCUAAUGCCCGAAAGGCAUGCAAUGAGUGAAGCUGGUCAUGGAGCGGAUGAUUGCAGUAGAUACUCGAGUGGGACGGCUGCCACAUUUGGGAGGUGGGAUCUGGGUUUGCAGACAUCAAUAAUGUCGGUGCAUAAUCGGACCAAUAGUGAUCUUACUCAGAAAACACCUCCUACACCGACAAACCCCUCAUCCUCGCGUCCUCCUGCUCGUACAUCUUCGUCAUCCUACACCUACCUCUCUGCCGAGCAGGAAAAACGCCGCCAACAGGAAUUAUAUGAUAACGCUCGUGCACGGGCAACUGAAGUGCAGAAAGCGUCGGGAGCGUCUUUGGAUCGUAUUGGAUUAGGACCUGGAGGCGGAAGUCCAGGGAUGCUGAUAAAGAGUAGUGCCGAGGGUGGAGUAGGUGAUGAGGAGUUGGAUGACAUACCUCCACCAGAAUAUGCCCCGCCAAGGCCUCCCGCGCAAGGAGAGUACGUCGCACCGAUCCGUCCCAUAUCAGCCUACACUUCCCGCCCAUCCGAACACGCAAUCACAAGCAUCUCUACACCUCAGUCAUCUUCCACUGCGCCUCCUUCAUCACCCUCCGCGUUUGACAAAGUCUAUCUCACCAUUGGACAAGAGAAAGAAGCGCAGAGGAGGAGAUAUGAGGAAGCGACUUCGAAAGUAGUUGGUUCGAGUUCGGCAGCGCCAAGUACGCCUUCAAAGAGACAAGCUGUUGAUGCAGGCCCCAUUCACUCUCCAACUUCCCCUCCGCCCUUUGUUACUUCUACCUCUUCACCGGCUUCGUCAACAUCGCUUCCUGCUGCAGGUAUAGCAUCAAGUUUGAGCGAGAAGGAGCAGAUGAAAAGAUACUACGAGGCUCAAGAUCGGGUAGCAAGAGCGGCUGCGCAGAAACAGAACGGGGAGGGUGGGGUUGACGGACAAGCUGGGUCAUCGGGAUCUGGCUUGGCACGGAACGAAGGUGCUGGAAAUUCCAUUGCAGCGAUAGGGGCUAUCGAUGAAAAAGAGCAAAUGAGGAGAUACUAUGAGGCGCAGGAAAAGGUGGCUGCUGCCAGUGGCAGUGCUAGCGGCAGUGGCAGUAAUAGCAACAGCGCCAGUGGUGGUGGUAGAGUGCCUGGAAUAGUGUCUGGGGUGCCUAGUACAUUGAAUGAGAAGGAACAGAUGAGGAGAUAUUAUGAAGCUCAAGGUCGAGUGGCUGCAGCAGCAGCAAGUGCCAGUGGGAGCGAAAAUAGGCCGAGCUCGGUACCAGCGCCUGCAACACGUUCAGUCUCUACCCCUGUGGGCGUGAUGGACGAAAAGGAGCAGAUGCGUCGAUAUUAUGAAGCGCAAGAUCGGGUUGCCGCUGCUGCCACAGGUGCUAGUGGGAGCGGGAAUGGUGCGUCUCAUACGCCUUCAAGGCAUUCUACGCUUUCCUCUGUACCGACGACAGCACAUGCGGAUAUAGUAGACGAGAAAGAACAAAUGCGUCGGUAUUAUGAAGCUGAAGAUCGUGUGGCGAAAGCUGCCGAGAGAAGGGCAGGAUCUGCUUCUGCUUUCGCUUCUGGAUCAAGUGAAGAUGAUGUACCACCCCCGCCUUUUGAAGCUUAUACAUCCUCGUCGAUCAACGGGGGAAACGGUGCGGACGCCAGCCAUCUUUCUGCGGAAGAGGAGAAAGCACUCAUGCGCGAGAGGUACGAGCUCGCUCAAUCUGCCGUACGGAAGAACAUGUCUUCCAAUCCUAUUGGCUCAACUAACUCCCAGUGCACAUUGCCGUCUCGUUCAAGGUCAAACUUCGAUCCAGGCUCCAAACCCUUUGUGUUACCUACUUCCUCAUCCUCUGUACCUCCCACAUCAACACCCACUGGUCGACCGUUUUCCAACGUCACGGCUGCAACCAUGUCGACGCCACCCGAUAGUCCGAAUUUGAGGGAUCCUUUGGUGAAAGCUGGGAAGGCAAGGGUGACACGUACGGGAAACAGUGAUGAGGGGCAUGUCAGUGGAUAUGCCGGUGGGAAUGGAAGUGGCAAUGACAAUGGCGACUCGAGCGGCAGCAGAGGGGAAAGUAAUGCGAAUCUGCCAGCAGGGCCGCCACCACCUCUACCUACCAAACCUCCGAGAGAAUAUAUCCAUCUAUUAAGUCCUGUAGGAGAAUAGAAGAGCAGGAAAUAAUUAGAGAUAAUUAUUAAUUAUUUUGAUGGGAGCUGUCAACGAUGUGUAAUAAGUUUGUAAACUAUAUAAUGCAUGAUUUAACAAC